AUGUGGAUAUGUAAAAUAUGUAACGACAAGUUCAAUUGUAGAAGUGAUUUUCUAGUUCACAGUGGUAGUGCAAAUUGUUCUACAGUACUUACGAAUGAUGAUUCCAAUAUACCAGUAGAAAAGGUGGUUUUAACUACUACAGAUAUAGAUAACGAAGUCAACAUUUGUGAAGAUAUUAGUACAUCAAGUCAGAUGGCUAUAACUGAGGACUGUGAUGCAAAUGAUGUUGGAUGUUCGUUCACUAAAGCUGUGGCAGAACCUUUUUCUUUAGAAAAUAAUUCAGAAUAUUUACCUGCUGACGAAGAAACUUCAUCUGAUGAUGAAGUUGACAACAUGCUUUUAUCAUCAAAGUGUCGGAAUAAACGCAACAUCAUUCUCGAUGGCAUGGAAACAUUUCCUGAAGUAACUGAUCGUCCACGAAAGCAACGUUGUGUACUCGAUAAAUGGUCAAAAAAUCUGCGUAAAGAGAAACGUGCCAAAAGGAAGCUUGUUUCUUCAAUAAAUAAAAGCAUUCCUAAAGUAACCAUGAAACCCGCUUGCCCACCAACUGCCGAAAUCAAUAUUGCUGAUCAGCCUGGAACAAGUAACAAAAUUGUAGAAGAAAGGUCAAAUACAUCUAAUCUAAACGGUACUGGCGGGGUUACGUCUGACGAAAACGAUGACGUGCAUGCAGUAUUUGACGACUCUCUAUAUGAUAGAGACAUAAACUCUGGUAGUGAGUAUAACCCUGAAAGCAGUGGAACCUCAUCAUCAAAAGAAUCAGAUAACGAAACUUUCACUCACAUUACUGCAGAUAGUUCGUUUCAACAAAAGACUGCAGACCAAAUGUUUGAACAAAAAAGAGAAAUCGUUAAAAGGAAAGUAUUUGAAUUAAAAGAAAAAACGUUAAAAAUUCGUCCGAGAAAUCCUGACAGAUGGAAAAAAAGAAAAGCGGCAAUUGCUAGAGAGAGGGGAAAAUAA